GUUCUUCGUAUGUCCCGGCGGUAAGAUGGCUUCGCUGGUGGUUGGAUGCUCGGGUCGAUUCCUGCGAAAGACAGUCGAAUAUCCCGCGGCUGGCGGGCUGGUUGCGGACAGAUUUGGCUGUUGGAACUGCUUUCAAGGAGCAAAACGUUACUUAUUAACAGAAGAUGUUCUGCAGUUACAUAAAUUUCAAGAAAAGAAAUUGGAAAAUCAAUAUAAAAUAUAUGGACAAAAAGAUGAGUUUUUCAGAACUGUUGAAAAAAAAUUAGCAAAUGAUACCCUUAUCCUCAAAACCGAAUUAAUAAAUCUACUUUAUCUAUGUCAAUCCAAAAAUGAAAUAGAAUUAGUCAAAAGAACCAUAUACAGGUAUCACAAAGAGAACAGUAACAGAGCUUUUGGAGAGUUCAGAUUUGGACCCAUAUUUAUGAGGUUAUGUUAUGAACUAGACCUUGAAGCAGUUGCACUGGAACUCAUCAAAGACCAGACUCUAAAUGGCUUCUUUGGAGAUUACACAUCAUUCAAUAUAUUAAUGGACAUGUUAUUUGAAAAGGGCCAUUAUGAAGAUGCCCUGAAUGUGCUAUUAGAAAUGGACAGGGAAAAUGUCAGAUUCAGCCAAGACACCUACUUGCUUGCAUUUGCAAUAUGCUACAAACUGAACAGCCCAGCGUCUUGGGAAAUUGUUAAUACAUUACUUGAAGAUAAGCAUCUCUAUGGGCAUGAGCUUUCAAGAAGAACACAAUAUUUUAUAGUGGCACUUGGUCUAAAACAGAAUGAUUUUUUGAAGGCCCAGUACUAUUUUUCACAGUUGCAGCCUACAGAAAGUAUAAUAUAUGAUAAUCUAAAGAUUCUUCUUUUGGCUGCCUUUGGAAAUCUAAAUAUUCUUGUGCAAACACUGGAAAAAGCUUCGAAAUUCGAUACAUAUUUUGUGAGAAAACCUAACUUCUGUAAGGAUGUGAUAAUUGCUGCCAGGGAAAAACUAGAACUCGAUCCAGACCUCAUUAUUCAGUUUGAAGAAAUUGUUACCAAGUUAAAAGCCUCAGGACAGAUAAAUGAACUGACUCUGAAUGACCUGCUGUGUGAGGUCCCACAUCCCAAAGGAUACAAAAUGCAGCUGUUGAAAGAAUCAAAACGGAGUCAACGGACUUUACAGCCUCUCCAGUCUUUUCUGCUAACUGAUUGAGUGCACUUUCCCCAUCAGGAAUUCUGUCCUAGAAUACACAUGUCUUUCUUACAAGAUUUUCAUUUAGUGUGGGUUUUUUCGGAGGAAUACUGAUAAUCAUAAAUUACAUGAAUUGUUUUGCUGGUAUAUUGCCAAGUAAAUAAUGUAAAAACCUAACAUAACUUCAUAAUAGGCAUUUUGCAGAAACAGUUAAAAGAAUCUGCAGGGAAAAUUAGAGUUUGCCACGCUCAUGAAGGCUUUUCUUGAUUUCAUAUUACCAUGUUCAUUGGUUUUUAUUGGAGAGAAAGUGAUAUGGAGAAGAUUCCCUUGCUCUGUUCUUCUGAGGAAUUCACUAAAGGGAAGAACCUCUGUUAGAUAAUGUUACAUAGUGUUGGGCUAAAGAGAUGCAGGUUCAGGUCCACACUUAGCCUCAAAGUUCACUGGUCUUUUGGGGGCUAUUAACAUAUCACAUUCACCCAUGGUCACUUAAGCAUGAUUGUGUUAGUAACCAAAUUAACUAGAUUUAUUCAAUAUGCCAAAUUACAGAAGCUAGAUUUGUACAACUAUUAAGUCAAAGUCAAAUAAGGCCCAUUUGGAUUGAGUUCACCAAAGUGGUCUGCUUAAAUAUAAUUACUUUGUGAAUUAUUAUUAAGAUGUUUUUAUCCUACGUUUAUUUGUCUUUCUGUCUCAGUGGUGAACAUAUCUAAUACUCUUGUCUAUUAUUUUCCCCUUGAUAACCACCUUGUGAGGUAGAUGGGACUGAGAGAGAGUGCCUGGCUCACAGUUAUCCAUGUGUAAGAGAGGCUUACAAUUCAAUCUGCUGGUUUCUAGAGUAGCACCUUUACCACCACGGAUAGUCCUCAACUUACAAUCACAAUUGGGACCAAAAUUUACAUUAUAAAUUGAUAUGGUUGUAAAGUAAGUCAUUGCAUGACCGAAUCCAAUUUUAAAAUCAUUUUACCGCUCAUUAAGUUGCUGUUAAAUGAAUAAAUUGGGUGUUAAGCAAAUCUGCCUUCACCAAUUAACUUUGCU